CAACUUUGACCAAUGGCCUUAUAAAUUUACUGAUUGAGACGUGUAUUUUACUUUCUUUCCGUUUGAGCGACGCGGGUACCCUGUGGUUUUGCUCCGAAAUGGAAAAAUCACAUAUUUCAAGAGGUUCCACCAAAGUGAUUUUUGGGGACUUUUAGUAUGUUCACUAAGUUGUAUCACUUUUUCAAAAUCCGCUGACAGAAAUUCUAUUGCAAUUAGUUCCACCUGAAACCCCAGAUUGACUGGACUAUGUAGUUAGGGGUAAGCGGGGAAUGCGCGCGAAACUUCCGCCAAUUCUUAUCUCCUGAAUAAUUAGCAAAAUUCUAGAUCUUCUACAUAUAGCAUUCUAUGUCUGCGCAUCCCCUAUCCCCCACAAAUAUUGGUUACACGCAUGCGAGAAAAGUAUGCACUAGUAUUUUAGAUUGCCGUAAAGCACUUAGAAUUCAAGACGGUACGAUACCUGAUGCCAGAAUCCCAGCAUCAAGCUUUCACAGUGACUACACAUCGACACAACGUGCAAGGCUCAAUGAUGAAGAUGCAGCUUGGCGAUGUGCCCGGAUAAAUAACAUGGUAUCGCACGAAAUUUUUGAUAGCCUGAGCGCCAAACCCCUACUCUUCAGUUCCCUAAAAUUUGCCUUUCCAAUUUAAGGAGAAAAAUGUGAUGCUCGCUAACAAUUUUAUCUUCAGAAGGAGCUGGUGGGUGGAAAAGCGCUUUGUACACUUUUAAAAAUACCAAAUACGGAAUCCGGGGUCCGGUGGGGCCGGUGUUGCGACGCACGUACCAUCUUGCGCACGGUAACGACUCAACCGUCUGGAGUACAAGGGAACGCCAAGGUAAAAUGAGUCCACCAAUAUUCCACGACUUUUACAAAAACCACAAGCUAAAUACUCACCUCACCCGUCACUUUUUUCCUGAUUUUACACGCCAACAAAGACCACUAAACGGUUGUCUAUAAUUGGUUGAAAGUACCAAUCAGAGUUCGAUACAUACACCACGUGCUACCUUACUUGCAUGAGGUGUAUGGAUGUGAUCUAACCUUUGAGUAAAAUUUACCAUAAACAGUUUGAGAGCUGAAAAAAAAAUCAACGAAAUAAAUUGUCUAAUUUUCCGUAUAUUCAAGUUUAUAUUUCAAGGACACAUACAUGGAAGACUCGGUUUCAGGCUGAACCGUUCGCAAAUACAGGACCAUAGCAAAGGGUGGGGCACUGGGGCACGGACCCAUCUAAGUAUUUUUAAAUUUGGCCUUUGUCUGAUGGUAACACUGUGAAAUGACGUCAUCUAUUUAUCAGAAUGUUAAAAAAUGUUAUCAGUGUUGUAUAAUCGGUCCUAGCAUCACGUAUCACUGUAUCAAGGACUCUAGUCACGUUUUCUGCAUCACGUAACGUAAAAAGGCUAUUUUGAUGAAACAAACAUUUGCUUGGCCUUGGCCAGAAAGUUCAAUGCCAAUGAACCAUAUAAAAACUGCGCAAAAGCAAUAUUUCACAAUGUAAAAAGGACUCAAAGGACGAGAUUUUUAUAAUCCGUAGAUAAGUUGACAACAGAGCCCACUAACAAAACAAAGCUCAAAUCGGGUUCAAAACACAGUUUAUUAACUUUGUUAUUUUCAGAGAAGGAAAAUUGCUUCAUUUCAUAACGGGUUAGGGACUGUAUCUUAUUUAAAAAAAAAACAUCUAGGAUUAAAUAAUUAUUUAUUGCUGGAGGUAAGCCCUAUGUUCUUGCUCGAGAAUUUGAUUGGUGUGAGUUUCCAGUUCGAAAAAGGAUGUUCUUUUACGUCGAUUAGAUGACGUUCUAAUUUAUUUUUCAGAAUAUAAGAAAACGGAAACAAAAAUAAUAAGACUCACAUUGAUAAUAGCCAGAAGGCUUACCCCCUGCGGAGUUUUUUUAAAUGAAUUCACCUCGUUGUUGUCACUGUGAAUUCAAAAUUAAUUCCGCUAUUCAAAUCAAAAUUUACACAUAUUUAAAAACUACAAAACAGACGAGUUGCUUUUUUGGCUUGUGAUGGGAUACGAUUAUACAGAUAAGAGGGAUAUAGUUUGCUUGGAGUUUAACUUUUUAAUGUCUCAGUUUUUUUUUAUCUUAUCUACAUGUUUUCUUUUAUUUAUAUUUUUUAGGUUUAUCUGUAAAAUACGCGGCAUUUGACUGAACUUCGUUACAAUCUGCAAUACAUACGUGUCAAAAUGUGUAAAAGAAUCUAAGAUUAACGUCUUUGAUUCAGAAUACUCGUCCGUUAAUUAGCCCAAUCUGUUCCUCAGGUUCUUGGCAAAACCAAGCUUACUUCUCAUGAAUUAUUAACAACAAACACGUCUCACACUUAACCCCGAUCCAUGGCAUUCAGUUAGAGUACGUAUUAAUCAGUAAAUACUAUUUAUUAAAAAAUGAGUAAGACAGAAAGCAUCCUCUUCCCUGUUGAUGGAAGUGACCACAGCUCGAGAGCCUUUGACUGGUUCGUGGAGCAUCUAUACCGCAGGGGUGAUCACGUGAUAUUCGUACACGUCCACCAUCGUCUAGACAACGUGCGGCAACUAUCCGGUCACGAGUCUGACGAGGCGUCGGAAUGUAACGAAGGCGAUCUCAGAGAAAUACUAAAAGCUGCACAUAUCAAGUCCAAACCAAUUCUAUCGAAAUUUGAAGCCAAAUGUACAAAGGCAAAUAUCCCAUUCAAGGCCUUGGUCAAGCUUGGGGCACCCGAGAAAGAAAUCUGCCGAUGCGCAGCCGAGGAGAAUGUUACCUAUGUGGUGAUGGGGAGUAGGGGACUGGGCGUCUUCCGCCGCUCCAUAUUAGGAAGUGUCAGCACGCGCGUGCUGCACAAGUCAAGCGUCCCCGUUAUGGUCGUGCCACCUAUGGAUCGAUGACGUCAUGAGAUGUCGCCACCAGGCUCUCACUGACACAUAUCAAACAUAUUCCCCACGGAUAGUGUCCUUCGUAUGUAUUGCCUUAUAUGGACAUAGAUGCCCAUAUUUAGAAGAGCUAAACUUUUCCCGCUCCCUGAUCUCCAGAAAACAUGGUAAUUAUACUGAUUCCUGUCAAUUUGAGACUCGCUGCAAAAAUUAUUAAGCAAAACUUGCUCGCUUGGUCAAAUCUUUUCCUUACUAAUCCUAUGAAGUCCUUAGACCCAGGCCUCCAAGAGAUUGACCGAGCGGGUUUGAAGGUCACCCAAAUAUUGAUAUGCAACAUCCCAUAACCUGCAGAAUACGUUUUUGUAGCCGUGGGCUUCCUGUGGUUAGGGAACUGAAUGGAGAGAUGUAUGGGAAUGUGUAUCCUGUCAGCACCAUUAUAAGGACGAAGGGAUUUCAGAUAUUUGUGGAAGAAAGAUCAUGUUAUAUUAUUUAUACAGUCUAUCAUUAUCGUUUAUUAAAGAUCAAAUUCUUCUUGAA